CGGCCAUUUGUCACUGUGGCAACAGAGAAAGCUUUCUGUAUACAACAAGGCCUAGCUAAAUGCCACAACCUGAAACAGCCUAGUGUUUUAUGGACAUUCAGUGAAGAUGUGGAAGAAUCCUUCUGAAUAUUUAGCUACAAACACAGUAAAAUAUUUCGCAAGGCAUAAAGGAGAGGUGAAUUCAUGUGCUGUUUCUCCAGACUGCCAGCUAGUCAUCACAUCUUCUGAUGACAGUCGGAUCCAUAUGUGGGAAGCAAACAGUGGUUUGUUGAAGCAUAAAGUGACAGGUCACAGAGGACCAGUAAAGUCGUGCUGCUUCUCUCCAGAUGGCUCGCUGUUUGCUAGCUCAUCCCAUGACUGCACGGUGCGGAUAUGGACAGUGGAUACAGCCGAAUGUCUCCAUACAUUGACAGAUCACUGUAAAAGUGUGGAGACAGUUUGUUUCAGCCCUGAUAGUAAAAGUAUACUGUCCGCAGGGUGGGAUCGCCUCGCCAUCUUAUGGGACGUACAGACUGGUGAGAAACUGAAGUCUUUCAACGGACAUCAAGACGUCAUACAGUGCAGCACUUUCUCAACAGAUGGUUUAUACAUUGCCACAGGCUCCUGGGAUUACACUGUCAGACUAUGGAGUGUGGGCAGUGAUACAAACACAAAUGUACUGAAAGGACAUAAGGGCAAUGUCAGCUGUGUAAGCUUCUCUGUGUCUGGGAUGCUGGCUUCUGGCUCAUGGGACAAAACCAUAUGUGUUUGGAACCCACGCAAUGGCUUCCUGAUCUUUCUACUGAAUGGACAUGGGGAUUGGCUAAGAACAUUGUCCUUCUCUCGUGAUGGCAUCCUGCUAGCGUCCACAGGACAUGAUAAGAUGAUAAGACUCUGGGACUGUGAGCAUGGGAAGUGUAUAAAAGUGCUGAAGGGCAUGCUGGAGAUGGCGCACACAUGUACAUUUUCACCUAAUGGUACCCUGUUGCUAGCGGGAGCCAUGGGCAUCUACUCAUCACAUUGAUGUACAUUCCGUGCUGGAUGCAUGUAUAUGGUGUAGGAGUGGUGCGUGGUGGGAACUAGCUAGAGAUCCUGCACUAGUAUUUCGGAGAAGACUGACUUUUUUUUUUUACACAUGGACUUUGCUUAAAAAGGAAACUAUCUGUAUAGAUCAGUGGUUUUAAAAUAAUCUGCCUUGGUUGUAAUAGUUUAGUGCAAGCUGAGCCCAUCACCAGCACAGAAAGCCGCAGCGGAUAGCUACAGAAAGAACUUGUGUUACUGUGUUUGCAAACCAUAUGAAAACAAAAAUGUGCAAUACACAAUAUACAAACCUGUUAAUAGCAAUUUGUGCACCGUGGGCCUGAAAUUAUGCCUCCGCCUCGUCACACACACCCACACACACACACUUGCAAGAUAUCCCCUGAAGUUGGGUAUUUCUCUUACAUGCUAGAGCAGUGUUUUUCAACCACUGUGCCGUGGCACACUAGUGUGCCCUGAGCAGUCUCCAGGUGUGCCGCCAUAGAAGCACAGCCCGGCCCGUCAGUGUUUUGCUGCUACUAAGGCCCUGGAACGAUCAAUACUGGUGGGUUUAGUGGUUGCAGAGCCAGUUCUAAUUUUGGACCCGGGCAGUGUUGGGCUCUUCUGGCUUUCUCAGAUGUGGCUCAGGCGUUACCUAUGGAGAAGCUGCGACAUGACAUCCCUAGGACACGCAACUGCACCAUGCAUCACCAUUAUAUUUGAAUGUGCUUUGGCAAUACUUAAAUCUUGUUCAGUGUGCCGCAAGUUGUAAAAAGUUGAAAAUCUCUGUCCUAGAGGAUGCUGGGGUCCACAUUAGUACCUUGGGGUAUAGACGGGUCCACCAGGAGCCAUAGGCACUUUAAGAGUUUGAGAGUGUGGGCUGGCUCCUCCAUCUAUGCCCCACCCACCAGACUCAGUUUAGAAAAUGUGCUCGGAGGAGCCGGUCACAGCUAGGGGAGCUCUACAGAGCUUCUUUAGAAAAAAAAUUUUUUUAGAGUUUAUUAUUUUACAGGGAGGCUGCUGGCAACAGCCUCCCUGCUUCGUGGGACUAAGGAGGGGAGUAGUAUCCGCCCUGCGGGGUCUGAUCCACUAUCUCCGCUGACAGGACACUGAGUUCCUGAGGGGAUAGAUCGUUCCCCGCCACAGAGGAUCGCUCACCCCAGCAGCAUGCCGCCACCCCCUUACAGAGCCAGAAGAUCGGUGGCGAGCAGGGGCGGAACUGUGGGAGGCAGUGGAGUCGGCUGCCGCCGGGCUCCUGACCUCAAGGGGGCACAUCUCCUCCACUGUCUCCCGCUGACGAUCGCUCGCUGCUACUUUUUUUUUUUUUAUGAUUCUUGCAGACGGAGGAGCUUUGUCCGUGACACCGAAGCUGCUUCCUGUAUACAGAGACCUGGCACUGGCUGCAGCUAGGGGGAGCUCCAGAGCGCAGCUCCUCCUGGGCCCUUCCAGUUUAGCAAGCCAGCCGAGUGAAACUCUCUGCUCCUCCAUCAGGCUGAUGAUAGCCAAAGGUAGGCACUGGCCUCAAGCUGCACUGUGGGGGGAAAGGUG